UGGAACUUGGAAAUACGAAACUACAAAGCUGAAACUGAAAGUUAACCUAACUUUAGUACUGUACUCCCGGUACACAUUUUAAUUUUUGUUAUGAAAAUACAAUUUAUUUAGAUGUGAUAAUUCAAGUAAGCGUGAUAGCAAUCUCAAGAGUGAUACUGUUAACAAUAAUGAUAAACGUGAUUGGUGAUAAAUUCAGAAUAAGUUUUAUAGUUAGGUAUUGGUGUAUUAUUUCAUCAUAGAUGUGGAUGCAUCAUUACUACUGUAUUUCUGUUUAUUUAUUGUUAAUUCAUUAAAUUAUAAUAUUCAAAAUGAUUAACAGCUCUUCCAGUCGUUUAAAAGUUUUUUGUAAUAGUUGUUUGAGAACAUACGCUUCUACAAAGAAGAAGAAAGUACCUAAGCACUAUGAGAAACCUAAAGACAGUGAAAAAGGUAAGAACUAUAGAGGCUCUGUACUUUUGCCUAGGACAGAAUUUCCAGUAUGGCUAACUUCUGCUGAACGUGCCACUGCAGUUAAGCAGGUUAUGAAAUCUACUGAUUUUUCAAAUCUCUAUUCAUGGCAAAGAGAAAACGUCAAGGGAGACGAGUUUAUUCUUCAUGAUGGUCCACCUUAUGCUAAUGGUGCUCCACACAUGGGCCAUGCUAUCAAUAAGAUUCUCAAAGACAUAACAAUCCGGAAUAAAUUGCUUCAGGGACACAAAAUUCAUUAUAAACCGGGAUGGGAUUGCCAUGGACUCCCUAUUGAAUUGAAAGCGACUGCUGGUUCUGUCGCUGAAGGGAUUGAGUUGUCAGACUUGGAAAUUCGUGAUCGAGCCAAGAAAUUUGCUGAAGAAGCAAUCAAAAACCAAAGAGUAAUUUUUGAAUCAUGGGGUGUGAUGGCUAAUUGGGAGAAUGACUGCUAUUUUACAUUUGACAAAAACUAUAUGAAAAAUGAAAUGAACCAGUUCUUCAAUCUCUAUGAAAGUGGAUUUGUUUAUCAAGACUACAAGCCAGUUUAUUGGUCCCCUAGCUCGAAAACAGCACUAGCAGAAGCUGAAUUGGAGUAUAAAGAACAACAUGUUAGCCCCGCGAUCUUUAUAGCAUUUGAGUUGUCUCAUGUACCUGAAAAAUGGCAGAAAACAAUUGGAAACGACGCAGUUUCAGCUCUGAUAUGGACAACGACUCCCUGGACUCUACCCGCCAAUCAAGCAGUGGCUUUCAAUCCCACUUUCAAAUACUCAUUGGUGAGAGUAAGUGGACAGUCUGGCACUUUUCUUGUAGCUAAAGACUUAAUCCAGUUUUUAAGUAAAAAGUUCAAAGAAACUAUUACUGUUGUAAUAGAUGUGCCAUGCAGUGAGUUUCAGGAAAUAAAAUAUCGUCAUCCUUUUGAUAAAAGUACCGAAUUAAGGUUCCUACAAGCUACUUAUGUUACUUCUGAUAAAGGUACUGGAUUUGUGCAUACUGCCCCAGCUCAUGGACAAGAUGACUUCCUACUAGGAUUGAAAAAUAAUUUAGAAUUGGUAUCCUUUGUUGAUGAAGAAGGAUGUUUCACAGAGGAAGUAGGACCUGAACUUUCUGGAUUAUAUGUGUUGACUGAAGGUAAUGAUGCAGUCCUUGCUCUGUUGGAAAAUCAAAUUAUCAAACAGGAAAAAUAUGUUCACAGUUAUCCAUAUGAUUGGAGAACACACGAGCCUGUUAUACUGAGAGCAAGUCGGCAGUGGUUCAUUGACACUAGUUCUUUAAAGGAUAAAGCUUUAGAUGCAUUGAAAAACGUGAAAAUUCUACCAGAUAAGGCAUCUAAUGGAUUUUUUUCUCUAGUUCAACACAGACCUUACUGGUGUAUAUCUCGCCAAAGAUUAUGGGGAAUACCAAUCCCUGUAGUUUACAAUACUGCUACUGAGAAACCUGUCAUUUCAAGAAGAUUAAUAGAUCAUUAUCAAACAUUAAUAGACAAGCACGGUUCUAACUUUUGGUGGUCACUGGCUAUUGAUGAGCUAGUACCAAAAGAAAUACGCGAAGAGUUGGGGUUGGAUGUGGAGAGUUUGGAAAAAGGUAAAGACAUACUUGAUAUCUGGCUCGACAGUGGAUUGUCUUGGUCACAUGUAUUGGGAGAGGAGCAAGUUGCUGACAUAUAUAUGGAGGGAGUUGAUCAGUUCACAGGUUGGUUUCAGUCGUCUCUGAUGACUUCAAUUGCGUUGAGAGGGGUGGCGCCCUAUAAAAUGCUGCUCGCACAUGGGUUUGCUGUUGACGAGGAAGGCAAGAAGAUGUCCAAGUCAUUGGGGAACGUGGUGAGUCCUCAGGAUAUAGUGAGUGGAGGCGUAGAUGCGAAGAAGCAGCCUGGAUAUGGUGUUGAUGUUCUGCGAUGGUGGGUGGCUGCACAUUCAUUGCAACACGCGAGAGUGCCUGUUAGUUCAACACAUCUCUCCGAUAGUCAACAGUGUGUCAAGAAGCUUCGCCUGCUUCUGAAAUUCGCUCUAGGAGUCAUCAACGAUCUACCUUCCCCCAUGAACAGAAACGUGGACCUCUUCAUUAUCGACCAAUACAUGAUGCACUUGCUCUACAAUUUCCACAAUCACGCCCAACAGCUCUACAACAACUACGAGUACAACAAAGUGUGUGCACAUAUUGUGAACUUUGUAACCAAUGACAUUUCAGCGUUCUAUUGUCAUCUAGUGAAAGACAGACUGUACUGCGAUGAAGAGGACUCCGAUCGUCGCAGAGCUGCGCAACUCACCAUGGACAAAAUACUGCAAGUAAUCAGUCGAGUUGUGGCUCCUAUUCUGCCCAUACUAGCUGAAGAAGUCUACCUGUAUCACCCCUCAAAAACUGGCAAAGAAACAGUAUUCAAAUCCGACAAAAUCUGCGAUGAAUCCUGGAUCAACCAAGACGUGGAAGACAGUAUGAAACUAGUUUUGGACUUGAAGAAACAAGUUUUGAAAGAAACUCCAAUCAACGCACAGAGUCUUGAGUUGGUUUGUGAAGUAUCGGCAUCUCCUUCAGUUUACAAUUUACUGAGGCAGUUUCAGAACACCGAGAAAAGUAGUGAUUCACAACUGGUUGAAAUUCUUCAGGUCUCCUCUGUCAGUCUCACAGAACACACAUCCAGUGAUGAGCUUUUCAGUGUUAGAAUGAAAUCCGCCUAUGGAAUUACAUGUGUGAGAUGUCGAAGGAAUAGAGUAAAUGUUUUAGAUGAAGACUUGUGCCAGAGAUGCCUGCAAGUGCUGGAUAAAUAAAGGUAUGAGCGGAAUAUAAAAAUAAUACUAUGUGAAAAGUUGAAAACGUCUGUAGCUUGGCAUUAAAAAAAUGUUUUUCCUAGAAUCAAUAAAUUAGAUCACAUCAAAUAUUAUGUGCUCGAAAAAUAAUAUUGUAUAGAGAUAGUGAAUUUUAUUAUUAAAAUGUGAGAAAUACAA